CUGCGACGGGCGCGGCACGUAAGGAGGUGGCUGGCGGCUGCCGUUCUCCGUAAGAUGGCGGACCGGCGGCGGCAGCGCGCUUCGCAGGACACCGAGGAUGAAGAGUCGGGUGCUUCGGGCUCAGACAGCGGCGGUUCCCCUGCGCGGGGAGGGGAGAGCUGCAGCGAGAGCGCUGGAGGCGGCGGCAGCGGCUCUCUGCCUUCCCAGCGCGGAGGCCGAGCUGGCGCCCUCCAUCUGCGGCGGGUGGAGAGCGGGGGGGCUAAGAGCGCUGAGGAGUCGGAGUGUGAGAGUGAAGAUGGCAUCGAGGGCGAUGCUGUUCUCUCGGAUUAUGAAAGUGCAGAAGACUCAGAAGGUGAAGAAGGGGAAUACAGUGAAGAGGAAAACUCCAAAGUAGAGCUGAAAUCAGAAGCCAAUGAUGCUGCUAAUUCUUCAGCAAAAGAAGAGAAGGAAGAAAAAUCUGAUACCAAAGGCACUGUGACUGGAGAGAGGCAGAGUGGGGAUGGGCAGGAGAGCACAGAGCCUGUGGAGAACAAAGUGGGUAAGAAGGGUCCUAAGCAUUUGGAUGAUGAUGAAGAUCGGAAGAACCCAGCAUACAUACCCCGGAAAGGGCUCUUCUUUGAACAUGAUCUUCGAGGGCAAACUCAGGAGGAAGAAGUCAGACCCAAGGGUCGUCAGCGAAAGCUAUGGAAGGAUGAAGGUCGCUGGGAGCAUGACAAGUUCCGGGAAGAUGAACAGGCUCCCAAGUCCCGACAGGAGCUCAUUGCUCUUUAUGGCUAUGAUAUCCGCUCAGCUCACAAUCCCGAUGACAUCAAACCUCGAAGAAUCCGGAAACCCAGAUUUGGGAGUCCUCCACAAAGAGAUCCAAACUGGACUGGUGAGCGGCCAAACAAGUCCCAUCGCCACCAGGGUCCUGGGGGCAUCCUACCACCAAGGACAUUUAUCAACAGGAAUGCUGCAGGUACUGGCCGCAUGUCUGCUCCCAGGAAUUACUCUCGAUCUGGGGGCUUCAAGGAAGGACGUGCUGGUUUUAGACCUGUGGAGGCUGGUGGGCAGCGUGGUGGCCGAUCUGGUGAGACUGUGAAACACGAGACUAGUUACCGGUCACGGCGCUUGGAGCAGACUCCUGCGAGGGAUGCAUCUCCAGAAACAGAUGGUCAAGUGCUUGGCAGUCCUGAGAAAGAAGAGGAGGUUUCAGAGAUACCAGCUCCUACUCCUGACACUGUACCACCAGCCCCUGACAGGCCUAUUGAGAAGAAAUCCUAUUCCCGGGUAAGAAGAACCAGAAUCAAAGCUGGCGAUGCAGUCAAGGUUGCAGAGGAGAUGCCCCCUCCACCUGAAGGGCUGACCCCAGCACCUUCAGUCCCAGAAACUCCUCCUCCUCCACCUGCUAAGACUGGGAACUGGGAGACUCCAGUGGAUUCUACUACCAGUGGACUUGAGCAGGACGUGGCACAACUAAAUAUAACAGAACAGAAUUGGAGUCCAGGGCAGCCUUCCUUCCUGCAACCACGUGAGCUUCGGGGUAUGCCCAACCACAUGCACAUGGGAGCAGGACCUCCACCUCAGUUUAACCGGAUAGAAGAAAUGGGUGUCCAGGGUGGGCGAGCCAAACGCUAUUCAUCUCAGCGGCAAAGACCUGUGCCAGAGCCUCCUGCCCCUCCUGUGCACAUCAGUAUCAUGGAAGGACAUUAUUAUGAUCCAUUGCAGUUCCAGGGACCAAUCUAUACCCAUGGUGACACCCCUGCCCCACUGCCUCCUCAGGGCAUGAUUGUGCAGCCAGAAAUGCACCUUCCCCAUCCAGGUUUACAUCCCCACCAGACACCGGCACCUCUGCCCAAUCCGAGCCUCUAUCCCCCACCAGUGUCCAUGUCUCCAGGACAGCCACCACCUCAGCAGUUGCUUGCUCCUGCUUACUUUUCUGCUCCAGGCGUCAUGAACUUUGGCAAUCCAAGUUACCCAUAUGCUCCAGGGGCACUGCCUCCCCCCCCACCUCCUCAUCUAUAUCCUAACACGCAGGCUCCAUCGCAGGUAUAUGGAGGAGUUACCUACUAUAACCCCGCCCAGCAGCAGGUACAGCCAAAGCCCUCCCCACCCCGGAGGACUCCCCAGCCAGUCACCAUCAAGCCCCCACCGCCUGAGGUUGUAAGCAGGGGUUCCAGUUAAUAUGAGUUUCUGAAUAUUUUAAAUCUAACAUCAUAUGAAAAACAGCAGAGGUGAGAACCCAGGAGAGAAGAGAAUACAACUGACUCUACUACCAGGAGGGCUUCAAAGUAACAGGGUGGCUCCUAACAGCAAACAGCUGAAUGAGGAGGACCCCUGCCUUCCUCCGAGGACAGGCUUUGUUGGCAAAAGGGAGAAAUGAAUAGACUUCCUCCCAUCUCCACUCUACUUGAGUUGGCUGUGCUCAGAGGAGCAGAAGUCCAGAUAGCCCAGGCUUCUAAGUCUAUAUCUAGAAGCCCACGUCUUUUGCUUGUCUUCGCUUUCUCCUGGGAAAUUCAAGUGUCUUCUCCCAGGGAAGUUCCUUCCUAUUUGUUUUUUCUUCUAAGAUGUUUGUUUUUAAAGCCUGGCUUGCUAUUCUUAAUAUUCUUUUAGUUUCUCUCUCUGUUUCUCUCUAAAGACAGGUUGAUUUUUCUGGUUUGCUAUCUCCUCUGGGUUUUUUUGUUCUUUCUGCAUCCCAGAUAACUGAGAAUUUACCAACCAGUCUUCCUCACCAUUUCUUCAAAAAGCUGGCCUUUUGUUUUCGGCUGGCCACCUCUGUUAUUGUAUACUUGGGUUCUCUUAACCCUUUGGAAACAUAGCUGUCUGCACAGAGUGUCCCGUUGUGGAGAAAAGCUCAAACUGUGUGGUAGGAACCCUUCUUGACUUUGGUUUUUAGGAGUCUGAGCCUCUUAUCAGUCCCAGUAUUCUGGUGGCUUCAGACUUCUACUGAGGGCAGAGUCUCUACAGUGGAGGCAGAGGGCAAACCAGAUGCUUUUGUGGGGUGGAGGGAGAGCCUUUACAGCUUAGGGGUAUGUAUUCACACAGUCCUCAGGGCUCAGUCUUUGAGGUAAGUGGAAUUAAAUGGCUCUGCUUCUCUUCUUCCCAUCCUCCUACCACACCCCCUUUCCAGUUGCUGUGGACCAAUGCAUCUCUCUCAAAGCAAAUAUUACCCAGCAAGCAGUCUAACCUGUCCUUUGUAAUUGUUCAUCUCCAUGUCCUUCCUGCUACACGUGUUUUAUAUGUUACUACCUUAUUUUCCUAAGUUCUCCUGUCCUUGCAAACAGAAGAUACCAUACGUGGGCAUAAGGCCUAAGGAAGCUAGCCACUUUCGGGGCAAGGGCUCCUCCCUUUCCUCCCUAUCCAUGGCUCUGAACCACUCUCCUUCUGCCUUUAUGGAUAAGAUUGCUGUUACUGCUGCACUUGUGUCUGCCAGGGCUAACUUGGCCACUGUCCCUGUCCUACAGAACCCAAGGGAGAAGGUGGUGGCUGUUUCUCCCCAAGUAAUGUCACUGUCUAUUGCUAUUCCUUCUCUCUAGCAGCUGGCCUGACUGCUUUUGAGUCACAGGUGUGGGGUGGGGAGGGGGAAGAGGCAUUCAAUCUGUAACCCCCAAGGAGGAAAUAACUAAGAGAUUCUUUGGGGUAGCUAGUGGUUGUGCCUUUUGUAGGCUGUUCCCUUUGCCUUAAACCUGAAGGUGUCUCCUCAAGCCUGUGGGCAGCAUGCCCAGAUUCCCAGACCUUAAGACACUGUGACAGUUUUCUCUAUUGGCCUGCUGUGUUUCAUUGCAAGAAUUUCUUCAUGUGUGUUGUUGUUUUGUUACUGUUUUAAAGGGUGUACGUUUGUGAUAAGUAUUGUGACUUGGAGAUAAUAAAAUUUAGACUGUAAACUUGG